AUGAAAGAUCUGGUUUAUCGCAAUCAUCAUUUAAGUCAAAUCAGCACCCGUGGCGAUGGAGUUAUCGGGGAAGAUAUAACCUUUAACAAAGAAUUAUUAAAAAAUGUCCCUUUUUUUUUAAAAGAAGUUGCUAAUUGUGAAGUGCGCGGGGAAGUUUACAUGAAAAAAGAAGAGUUUUUGCGUCUGAAUGAAAAAUUAAAAAAAUCCGGUCAUAAAUUAUUAGCCAAUCCUCGUAAUGCAGCAGCCGGCAGUUUACGCACCCUAAUUCCUCUCCAAAAUAGAAAUUUACAUUUUUUUGCUUAUCAAUUAUUUACUAGUAAUUUUCCGACCCAAUUGUCUUGCCUCCAAGAAUUAGAAAAAUUGGGGUUUGUGGUUAGUCCUGAUUAUAGUUUAUUCAGAAACAUUGAGGAAGUGGAAAAAUUUAUUCAGCAGCAAGAAAAAAAACGAGAAAGUUUGGAUUUUGAAAGUGAUGGGGUGGUGGUUAAGGUUAAUGACUACAAACAUUAUGAAAAAUUAGGCCAGACCAGCCGUUUUCCUCCAGAGAUAACUCCGGUGAUUUUACAAGGCAGCAAAAUCGGUAAAGUAACGUUACAUAAUUAUGCUUUUAUCGCUAAUUUAAAUUUGAAUAUUGGAGAUGAAGUAAUAAUUAAGAAAGCUGGGGAUGUUAUUCCCCAAAUAACCAAA